AUGCACUGUUUUCCUUGUCUGACCCGUGAGUUGGUUUCAGGAUUUCAUUUCGCUGAGUUAAGCAUUCGCUUGCCGCGAUCGAAUCCAUUCUACGAGUAUACUUACGUGACGAAGGGUGAAAUCUGGGCGUUCGCUGUUGGCUGCUUCGUGCUGCUCGACUACUGUCUGAUGAUCACGUACGUUGCAAGAACUUGGAGCAGAUACGUGGAUUUCCUGUUCCUCAACAAGCUAAAUGCCACGAAUCCGGUGCUGUCCGUCGACAGUCACGUGUAUCACGAUAGUUUUGAUUGGCUUGCAAUGGUCGGCAUACUGGCCUCCAGCAUGAUCGCUCCUCGCAGCAUCAAGGCUUGUGGCUCCAGUUUACUGGUGACUUAA